GGGGUCAGAGUAUGCUGGGUAAAUAGAAGAACACACGGGUCGAAACCCUUCCUCCCUGGUAGCUGCUGUCCUAUCUCGGUGCCAACUUCAACAGGAUGGAAUCUGGAAGCGGAAUUUAGAAUCAUUUGAAGUGCCUGGUGGAACGGGAUGCCGUUAGGUCGCUAGUUGCCGCCAGGGAGGAGAAGGGGGAAGGGACGGCGCUCGGCUCGGCUCCGAGACCGCGUCUCCUGCGCAGCUCUGCAAGCCGCUGGGCGGGCGGCGUCGCGGCCGAUCACCUCCCCCCCCUCCAUCUCCAAGCCCACUCUGUAAACGUGAAGAGGGACGACAGGCUGUUUGUUACGCUUCGCUCCGGUCUGGAAGUUGCCGCUACGCUCUGUGAACCAUGAAGAAAUUCUCCCGCAUCUCGAAGCCCGAGGGAGCGGGUUAUGUCGGUGCUGGAGGAGGAGGAGGCGGCGGCGGCUCGAUGGGAAGCGCCAGUAACUACCUGGGCAGAGUGUUCAGCGUGGGCCGUUACCAGGUGACGGUGGAGGAGCUGAUCGCCGAAGGUGGAUUCUCCUUGGUGUUCUUAGCUCGAACUCACAGUGGAGUACGCUGUGCCCUGAAACGUAUGUAUGUUAAUGAUGCAGAUGACCUGAACAUCUGCAAAAGGGAAGUUACUAUUAUGAAAGAACUCUCAGGCCAUAAAAAUAUUGUUGGUUACUUGGAUUGUGCCAUUACAUCCAUCAGUGAUAAUGUUUGGGAAGUGCUUAUUCUAAUGGAAUAUUGCCGAGCGGGACAAGUGGUGAACAAAAUGAACCAGAGGCUGCAGACCGGUUUUGCUGAAACAGAAGUUCUGCAAAUUUUCUGUGAUACCUGUGAGGCAGUUGCAAGGCUGCAUCAGUGCAAAACCCCAAUCAUUCACAGAGAUCUCAAGGUUGAAAAUAUUUUGUUAAAUGACAACGGAAACUAUGUACUGUGUGAUUUUGGAAGUGCAACUCACAAAAUUCUCAAUCCGCAAGUACAUGGUGUCAGUUCUGUGGAAGAUGAAAUCAAAAAGUAUACAACGUUGUCUUACAGAGCCCCUGAAAUGAUUAAUCUUUAUGGAGGAAACUCAGUCACCACAAAAGCUGAUAUAUGGGCUCUUGGAUGCUUGCUGUACAAACUUUGUUUCUUCACAUUACCUUUUGGAGAGAGUCAAGUUGCAAUCUGUGAUGGGAGCUUUACUGUGCCUGACAACUCUAAAUAUUCCCAGAAAUUGCACUGUUUAAUACGCUACAUGCUUGAACCAGCUCCAGACAAGAGACCUGACAUUUACCAAGUUUCAAAUUUUGCUUUUAAAUUGACUGGAAAGGAAUGUCCCCUGCCAAAUAUAUAUAAUGUCCCUAUCCCAACAGUACUUCCUGAACCCAUGACUACCAGUGAGGCAGCUGCCAAGAAGAGUCAAACAAAAGCAAGGCUGAGUGAGGCUGUAGGACCAACAGAGACAUCGAUAGCCCCAAGGAGAAGACCAAAAGCCAACACUAGUGCUGUAAAUGCAAGUGUUUUACCAAUUCAGAACACAGUAACUCCAGUGAAGAGGGUGAUCUCAAGUGGCUGUGGAAAUCCUGGACAAAAAAUUGCUGCACUAACUGAAAAUGGGCAUUUAAUUCAUAUGGCUCAAGGGACCAGUCAACAGCAGCAUAUAGUCCUGCAGCAAAUACAACAGGGAGACUUGAAGCAUCAUCAACUUCAACAGUUACAACAGCAACAAAUAAUUAAUAGUCAGGCUCAAAAGUAUCCGCAGGCUCUGCAGCCAUCAAAGCAGCAGCAGUUACAACAGCAACAGUUAAUGAUACAACCAAUGUAUUAUCAGCAGCAACAAAUGCCUCAGUACUCUGCUGUGCAGGUAGAACAAUACCAACAUGCAUUUGCACAAUCUCAGGCUGCUGUACCCCAGCAUCCACACUUCCAGCUCUCUACACAUGAAUGCCAAACGACUUCAAUGGCAUUUGUUUCUCCAACCUCCCCAAAUUCCCAUCAAGCUGCUGGCCAUCAAAGGAUCCAGAGUGAUGUCUCAUAUGGUGUGACUUUUGUGGUCACUGGCACCAACUCAGUACAGCCUGCUGGAAUAAUGACAAUGGAAACUUCCAAUAAAUCAGUUAGGCCAACUUCUUUAGAAUUGGAUGGUGUUCCCAACUAUCCUCCACAGAAUAUCAGUAACCCUCCUGACAUGUCUGGAUGGAAUCCGUUUGGAGAGGACAACUUCUCAAAAUUAACUGAGGAAGAACUUCUUGAUAGAGAAUUUGACCAGCUCAGAUCCUGUGCAAGUGGUAAACCAGAACAGAGGAGAACACCCACAGAGACAGAGAUUGAGCCACGUUCUAUUCCACAGACCCCAGCUAAGGAAGACUUAUUUGGCUGUAUCCCAUUUGUUUCUGAAACAGGAUCAAAUGGAAAAAGUGAAGAAAAUGCAACAAUUUCAAAUACUGCUUCGGAGAGUGGAUUUAAAACAGAUGAACAGGGAAGUACUGUCCUUCAAUUCAGUGGCCAGAGCAAAGGAGGAAGAAGGAAUGACCCAAAUUUAAUUAUGCAGCAGCACCAUAAGAAAAAUGGAGAAGAGUCGGACAGUGAUUUUGAGUCUGACCCACCUACCCCUCAGAGCAGUGAAGAAGAGGAACAAGAGGAGGAAGAGUUCCACAGUGAACAAGGUGAAUUCAUUGAUGUAGAAGCAGAAAAUUUUGGGCAGAGACCUCUGUUAAUGGACUCUGAUGAAGAAGCAGAAGUAGAUGAGGAAAAGCACAGCUCUGAUUCAGACUAUGAACAGAAUAAGGAGAUUUAUACUAUAACAGAACCAGGUUUAGAGUACAAUGCUGAUGCUGAAAGUAUUGCAAGUGCAGAAUCAGCAACAGCACUCAUCACCCCUCCGGAUUCGCCUCGAGUCAAAGGGAGUAAAACAUUACAGGAUGAAGUAGAUAUAUUUGGUGCUGUGCCAUUUGUUGGGUUGCAUCAGCAUGCACAACUCAGCAAAGGAGUGGAAAAUAAAGAGAGUUUUCAAAAGGCAUCCUUCAAACCAGUCAUCCUUAAGGAGCCUGAAGAGUUUGAUGUAUUCAGUAAUGCACCUUUUACUAAGAAAUUACCUCAGACAGCUCAGUAUGGUGAGGGUACUCUCACACAAACACCACCUAUUUCACCUAAUGAUGUGGACAUGUUUGGUUCCACUCCAUUCCAGCCACUUCAGACUGUACAGCACAGAAAGGAAAGCAAAGAGGAUGUGUUUGGACAUGUUCCUUUUGAAGAGAUCACAGCCAGUCAACAGCACAAGAUGAAGCAGCGCAGUUUACAGAAACUUUCAUCUCGACAACGGCGCACCAAACAGGAGUCUUCUGGUGGAAAUGGCAAGCGCCAUCAUGGCACACCGACAACCACAAGAAAAUCUUCCAAACCUAUCUAUAGAACUCCAGAGCGGGUACGCAGGCACAAAAAAGUGGGGAGGCGUGAUUCGCAAAGUAGCAAUGAACUCCUUAACAUAUCUGACUCUAAGGAGAAUAUUGGUGUGGCGCUUCCUGAUGGAAAGGAGAAAUGUCAGUCAUUACCUGUAGAUGAAAGCCUGCUUGAUCCAUUUGGUGCCAAGCCAUUCCAUCCACAAGAGCUUCUAAGGAACACUCAGUAUCAAGGUCUAAGUGACUAUCGAGGAGACCACAAUCCAGUUGCCAACAGAUCCAGACCAGCUUCUGUACAUGGGGCAUUUCACACUGGAGAUGGGCUAAAAACCGAUGAUUUUGGUGCUGUGCCCUUUACUGAACUAGUAUUACAUAGUGUUACACAGCAACAUGGUGACUUUGAUCCAUUUGGUGCAGCACCAUUUCCUUCCAAACAGUAAAAUAAGUAGUCUUCCAGUAGAACGGAGUCCAUAUCUACUUCAUUCAAAGCUCAUUUUCCACCACAAGGCCUUAUGACUGGGCUUCUUCCCCAUGCUACGCAAUACCUCUGAGCCAUCGUAGAGGGGAAAAUCCCAGCUGACACUCUCUCUCCUUAAAAAUAAUUUUUCUCAAUAUCUGGAAAUAGACUGUGUAUGAUUCAUUUUGCUCUUAAUUUGCCAUUUUACAGAAUUUAUAAUUUUCUGCAACAAUUCCUGAUUUUAUUAACUUGGAAUAUUUUAGUUAAAGUGAAAAUGAUUCAUUUGUAAAACAAUGUGAGCUUGCAGAACUACAAAUACCCAUUAAUAUUUGAAAUCGGCAUUAGAAAGGGAUUUGAUGUCUUUAAACUGUGGAACUAGACUUGAUUUGUGUAAAUUAUGUAUUUUACUUUUUCUGAGGUGAAGGUUUCAGAAUGAAUUCCUUUGUAGAAUGUGCCCAUAAUCCUCUGACUAGCAUAGUGUCAGACCAUGUGUUUUGCUGUUGCUCAAGUGAUCAUAAUAUGCAGCCACAGUUGAAAAGCCAACACUUAGAUGCUUAAAGCUGGAGUUGAAAUGCCCCUGUAUUAUUUGUGAAAUAAUUGUGUUUUAAUGCUUGUGUUCAGCCAGGCUGCUUUUGUGUGAAUGGAAAUCAAAUAUCCAGCACAUAGUCUAUUUUUAUUGCUGCGAUACAGUUAAAGUGCACUUUUCAGACUUGGACUUGAAAGUGAGCAAGUCUCCUUUUUGUAUUAAUAGUUUAAUUAUAAUUUGUUAAACCUGUCAUUUUAUAUUGAUCACAAUCUGCUUAGUGGUUUUCUUUCCACUGUUUAACACAUAGGGAGCUCUGAUAUUUACUAUUUGCAAACUUCAGUUUUCACUUUAACGAUACAAUUAGAGGGAUUGGUUUCCCACACUCCCUUUGUUUAUAUUCAUUGAUACGUGCUUUCCAAUGAAGCAAUAAAUUCCACUUGAAGUUA